CUCUUCUACCAGAACACUAUUAGGAGGUUGCAAAAGAAGGGCAUGGCAAGGUUUCUUUCAUCAAGGAGCUUAUAAACUUUUUAAGCCUUCAAGACUUAAAUAAAUCCAGUGGAGUAUAAAAAGACCAUGUAACAGAGUGCUGAAUUGAAAAGGACCUUGGGUCAAAAUGUGUGGUAGAGACUGUAAGUGCUGUGGGCACUCAGGGGAAAGAGAAAUUGGCAUCGUGUCAUUUUCUUCUCUGGACAGAGGAUGAAAUUGUCAGCCUGGCAUAAUUUCCCAGGUCUGAUGGCAGGGUGUUGGACAACUUGGCUGCAAGAAGUCUUUUUUUUUUUCGCUCUCUCUUUUCUUUCUGAGUUUGUUAAAGUUUGUCAAAACUACUAAGUCAAAGUGAGGGUUUGUAUUUCAAGACUUUGAACUUGGAGUAUUAUUAAUAUUUUAGGUUAUAUGAGAAACUUGUAGGAGAAAUACAUUUUAUCCUGGUGUCUUAAAUGGAAAGAGACUCAAAUAGAAGUUUGGCUUAUUUGUUUCAAACAGACUUUCAAACUUAACCGCAUUCAUGGGGAGAACAUGAAUGAGCCUGUCUGAGGGUGCCUUCCUUUUGUAGGAUGAAAAGAGCAAAUUACUGAUUUUCCUUAGUGGAAGGAUUAAGUUGUACCAGAUCUGGGAUGACGGGGAACAAGAAAACACUUGAGAUGAACACAAUAUUUCCAUUGCUUUUUAUUUCUUUGCAUCAUGCUGCUCACCUGGGGAUUUCUCACCUCUCUGUGAAAGGAAGAAAGAACACGCCUGAGCCCAGGAGCGCUCCAGCUACUUGUGGGAAGUCUCCAUGGUGAAGGAUAGGCUGGGGCUACCUGUGAACAGUGCACAGUGAAUGUUAUUCCAGAGCUGCUGCUGGCGGAUCGCACCCACGGGGAGAUGAUUCCUCAUGAAGAGCCUGGAUCCCCUACUGACAUCAAAUGUGACUUUCUGUUUAUCAGACUAAAAUCAGAGCCAGCCAGACAGUGAAACAGUCACCGUGGAGGGGGGACGGCGAAAAAUGAAAUCCAGCCAAGAGCGGAGCAACGAAUGCCUGCCUCCCAAGAAGCGCGAGAUCCCCGCCACCAGCCGGCCUUCCGAGGAGAAGGCCACAGUCCUGCCCAGCGACAACCACCGGGCGGAGGGCGUGGCAUGGCUCCCCGGCACCCCUGGUGGCCGAGGCCACGGGGGCGGGAGGCACGGGCCGGCGGGGACUUCUGGGGAGCUUGGUUUACAACAGGGAAUAGGUUUACACAAAGCGCUGUCCACGGGGCUGGACUACUCCCCGCCUGGCGCGCCCAGGUCUGUGCCGGCGACCACGACGCUGCCCUCGGCUUACCCUCCCCCGCAGUCAGGGACUCCGGUGUCCCCGGUGCAGUAUGCUCACCUGCCGCACACUUUCCAGUUCAUUGGGUCCUCCCAGUACAGCGGGCCCUACGCUGGGUUCAUCCCUUCCCAGCUGAUCUCCCCAACGGCCAGCCCCGUCACCAGUGCAGCGGCCUCUGCCGCGGCGGCCACCACUCCAUCCCAGCGCUCCCAGCUGGAGGCCUAUUCCACUCUGCUGGCCAACAUGGGCAGUCUGAGCCAAGCCUCAGGACACAAGGCUGAGCCGCAGCAGCAGCACUUAGGCAGGACUCCGGGGCUCAUCACCCCCGGGUCCCCACCACCCACCCAGCAGAACCAGUAUGUCCACAUUUCCAGCUCUCCGCAGAACGCCGGGCGUGCGGCCUCUCCUCCAGCCAUCCCCGUCCACCUCCACCCCCACCAGACGAUGAUCCCACACACACUCACCCUGGGGCCCUCCCCCCAGGUGGUAGUGCAAUACACCGACUCUGGCAGCCACUUUGUUCCUCGGGAGGCCACCAAGAAAGCCGAGAGCAGCCGGCUGCAGCAGGCCAUGCAGGCCAAGGAGAUCUUGAACGGUGAGAUGGAGAAGGGCCGGAGGUACGGGGCUCCCACCUCGGCCGACCUGGGCCUGGUGAAGGCGGGCAGCAAGUCAGUUCCUCACCCGUACGAGUCUAGGCACGUGGUCGUCCACCCAAGCCCCGCCGACUACAGCAGUCGGGACUCCUCGGGGGUCCGGGCCUCUGUGAUGGUCCUGCCCAACAGCAACACACCCGCAGCCGACCUGGAAGUGCGGCAGGUCACGCACCGGGAGGCCUCCCCCUCCACCCUCAAUGACAAAAGCGGCCUGCAUUUAGGGAAGCCUGGGCACCGAUCCUAUGCCCUGUCACCCCAACAGGCUCUGGGCCCCGAAGGCGUGAAGGCCGCCGCCGUCGCCACGCUGUCACCCCACACGGUCAUUCAGACCACACAUAGCGCUUCGGAGCCACUCCCGGUUGGACUGCCAGCCACGGCCUUCUACGCGGGGACUCAGCCGCCUGUCAUCGGCUACCUGAGCAGCCAGCAGCAGGCAAUCACGUACGCCGGCAGCCUGCCCCCGCACCUGGUCAUCCCCGGCACCCAGCCCCUGCUCAUCCCGGUCGGCAGCGCCGACAUGGAGGGGUCGGGAGCAGCCUCUGCGAUCGUCACGUCGUCGCCCCAGUUUGCUGCAGUGCCUCACACGUUCGUCACCACCGCCCUUCCCAAGAGCGAGAACUUCAGCCCAGAGGCCCUGGUCACCCAGGCCGCCUACCCAGCCGUGGUGCAGGCCCAGAUCCACCUGCCCGUGGUGCAGUCUGUGGCGUCCCCUGCCGCGGCCCCCCCCACGCUGCCUCCCUACUUCAUGAAAGGCUCCAUCAUCCAGUUGGCCAAUGGGGAGCUGAAGAAGGUGGAGGAUUUGAAAACGGAAGACUUCAUCCAGAGUGCAGAGAUCAGCAACGACCUGAAGAUCGACUCCAGCACUGUAGAGAGGAUCGAGGACAGCCACCACCCAGGCGUCGCCGUGAUACAGUUUGCCGUCGGGGAGCACCGAGCACAGGUCAGCGUGGAAGUUUUGGUAGAGUAUCCUUUUUUUGUGUUUGGACAGGGCUGGUCAUCCUGCUGUCCAGAGAGAACCAGCCAGCUCUUUGAUCUGCCGUGUUCCAAACUCUCCGUUGGGGACGUCUGCAUCUCGCUUACCCUCAAGAACCUGAAGAACGGCUCUGUUAAAAAGGGCCAGCCCGUGGAUCCCGCCAGUGUCCUGCUGAAGCACGCAAAGACCGACAGCCUCACGGGCAGUAGACACAGGUAUGCCGAGCAGGAAAACGGAAUCAAUCAGGGAAGUGCCCAGAUGCUCUCCGAGAAUGGUGAACUGAAGUUUCCGGAAAAAAUAGGAUUGCCUGCAGCGCCCUUGCUCACCAAAAUAGAACCCAGCAAGCCCGCAGCAACGAGGAAGAGGAGGUGGUCGGCGCCGGAGACCCGCAAACUGGAGAAAUCAGAAGACGAGCCACCUUUGACUCUUCCUAAGCCUUCUCUAAUUCCUCAGGAGGUUAAGAUUUGCAUUGAAGGCCGGUCUAAUGUAGGCAAGUAGAGGCAGUGUGGGGAAAGGAAAGUCGGCUCCUUCUUACCAUUUGUAUCCAGAUUACUGUACUGUAGGCUACAUAACACAGUAUUUACAUGUUAUCCUCUUACUUUAGGUUUCUGUUAUAACCUUGUCAUUAGAGUUACAGCUGAUGUUGCCAGGAGACUGGUGCAUAUGCUUUUUCCUUGAGGGUCUGUCAGUGAGUGGGCAGGCGGGGGCCAGGGCAGGGCCAGUCCAGGCUCUGGGCAUCCUGGUAGAAAUGAAUGUGGCUGCACAGCGCCUGCCUUUUCCAGCACAGAAGCAUCCACUGGGCGCUGACUUCCGCUGGUUUCAUGAGGAAGUUCUUUGGGAAGAGCACUGCAGGGGGUGUGUGCGUGCGUGCUUGUGUGCGUGCGUGUCAGGGUGCACGAAUGCUGCAUUGAGUGAGGGUCUCUUUCUCUCUGCCUCCCUCUGUCUCACUCUCUUGCUCUCAGCACGGGAUUGGAGGUCCAGAGGAAUGUCCUCAUGGACGCAUGCAAAAUAAACAUCAGGAACCCAGCUUCAGAGCAUCCUAGAGAGGCAUCAGACAGCAGAUGGAAAGACAGUGUAAAAGAACUGCCCUAACAGUGUAAAAGAACAUUUUUUUCCAACAUAUUUUACAAUAAAAGCAACUUUUAAUCAUAUAGAUACAUAUUUCCCCCUAUGGGGCCUGACUGCACUGAUAUUUUUUUUUAAAGAGCAACUACCGCACGUGGGAUUUCGUUUCUGCUUUACUAGUGCAGUGAUGUCUCCAGGGUGUCGUGGUGGGCAGCGCAGCCCCUGAGUACAUCCCUCCUGGGGGGGGGGGGGUGAUGGGCAGCGGGGGUAGGGGAGAGUGAACACCCACUCUGGUUUCUGUGCAGUGUUAGGAAAACCAAUCGGGUUAUAUCGCAUUGACUUCGCUCCCAAGAGGUAGACGCAAACUGCCCUUCAGAGAGAGCAGCGGAAACUCUUCGCAUUGGGUUUGCAAAUCUUUUGUCUUUUAACUCUAGUACUGUUUAUAGUUCAUGACUAUGGACAACUCGGGUGCCACUUUUUUCAGAUUCCAGUGUGACGUGAGGAAUUAGAUUUUGAAGAUGAGCAUAUAUAUUACUAUCUCUAAGCACUUAAAAUGCUGUUCACACUUUAUUACCAAGCAUCUUGGUCUAUCAUUCAACAAGUACUGUAUCUCACUUUAAACUCUUUGGGAAGAAAAACAAAACUAAGUUGCUUUCUUUUUUCAACACUGUAACUACAUUUCAGCUCUGCAGAGUUUCUCAAGAGCAAGAUAUUGAAAGUUUCCAUGUGGUUUAAAGGGAUGAAUGUGAAUUAUGAACUAGUAUGUGACAAUGAAUGACCACCAAGGACAGCCUGACAGGGGGCACUUUUCACUUUGAUGUCUGAGAAAGAAUUAAAGGCAUAUGCAGAGCUGGCAAAGAAACUGAGAGAAAAGGGAUGGAAAAAAGAAUACUCAUUUUUGUCCAGUGUUUUUCUUUUUAAGAUGAACUUUUAAAGAACCUUGCGAUUUGCACAUCUUGAGUUUAUAAUUUGUGUGAUAUUCCUGCAGUUUUUAUCCAAUAACAUUGUGGGAAAGGUUUGGGGGACUGAACGAGCAUAAAUAAAUGUAGCAAAAUUACUUUCUAACCUGCCUAAACUCUAGGCCAUUUUAUAAGGUUAUGUUCCUUUCAGAAUUCAUUUUGGUCUUUCUACCACAUCUGUCACAAAAACCAGGUCUUAGCAGGACAACUCUGAGAAUUUUCUUCAGAUUCAUUGAGAGAGUUUUCCGUAAAGACAUUUAUAUGUGUAAGCAAGUUUUUUUAAAAAACAAUUACUUUGUUGUUGUUGUUAAUGUUAUUUUCAGAAUGACUUUUCAUUUUCCAUCGGAAAUCAAAUCAAGAUUUAAGGUUUGGUACAAACCCAGAAAGGGUAUUUCAUAGUUUAAACCUUUCAUUCCCGGAGAUCUGAAAUAUUGUUUGUGGGUUUUCAGUGUGCAUCUUAAAGUGCUUUAAAAAAUAAGUUUUAUAAGUAGGGAGAAAUUUUUAAAUAUUCUUACUUGGAAUGGCUUCAACUAAUCUGAACAAAUACUUAUCUGAUUUUUUUUUUUUUUUUUUUUACCAUUGGAAAUAGUACUUCUUCCAUUUCACAAAUUAAAAAAAAAAAAUUCUAAUGUCAACCCACGUUUUGGCUAUCUAGUAUUCCUUUACAUUUAGCUCUCACCAGAACUCUUGAUUUUUAUAAGCCAUUUUCUGGGGUGUACCAAAAACAUUUGAAUAGACUUAGAAUAGCUAGAACCGGUCUUUGACUUUCUUCAGAUUUCAUUACCCUCCCAGCAUGUUAGCAGAGAGCUGGGUGGGCCCAUUCUUGCAGUCAUCCUGCUCAUUUAGUGCUGUAUUUUUUUAAACAUUUCUGUUCAGAGAACUUGCUUAAUCUUCCAUAUAUUCUGCUCAGGGCACUUGCAAUUACUAGGUUUUGUUUUCCUUUUUGUCUUGUAACCUUUGAUGGUAAGAGGAAUAUGGGGCUGCCAUAUAGACUUUGUCCUCAUUAGUACCACUAUUUACAGCAACUCACGUGGACUCAAAAACACACACCACCUUUUGGCUUACUUCGAGUAUUCAACUAACUGGAUCCACAAAACCAACACUAUAAUGAGAAAACAUACAUGGUUUGGAGCAAUAGGAACAUCGUCAUCAUUUUUGUGCUUCUGUUUCACGUAUAGGAAUUAUAAGAUAAUUAGUUCUUUCUAAACAUUGUCCCAUUUCCUUCCCUCGCUUUUUUAGCAUGUGCAAUACUUUCCGUGCCAAUAGAGUCUCAUCAGUGUGCUCUGGUUAAAGCUCAUACCCUUUUGGCUUUUUCC